CUGCACCGCUUAUUACAACAACGUUUAUAUCUGAAGAAAAUAACUACACUUUAUACUAUGAAUUUAAUAACUGCCAGCCUGCUGUCAAUCAGUGUCUGACCAGACGACUGAAACGCUGUAAAAAGAAAAAAAAAACUUAACUCCCGCCUUAGUUUAAAUGAAACCUCGUAACUGUGUUGCACAGUUUAUGUGAGCAGUUUUCGAGGUGUUAUGGGAGGAAUAUGUGUGCCUGUUAAUUUUGCUGGAACAGUAUUCACAUCUGAAGUAGUGUGGUCACACUUUGUUCGCUCGCAAUCAGGUGUCCUCGCCUCUCGCAUCUAACCAAGUCAAACACUUUUGCUGGAGGAGAUAACUGAGUACCGCUAUGUUCUGAAUCAGUUUGACAAAUUUACAUGUUUUUAUUCUCUUGGAGAACGUACGACUUUUCAAUCAAGUGCAGAUCAGCUGGGAGUUUUGCCUGUGGGUUCUCAGAGGAAAUGAUCCAGUAGAAACGGAGGAUUCAGGAUUUUGAGGAACAGGCUUGGAUCCUGCAGCUCUUGAAGUGUUGUAAGCAGCGGUCAGUAUGACAGGGGUGUGCAGACUGGAUGAUUUCAGCGUGCUCCUCGUCUGGGUGCUGCUGCUCGGUGUCACUGAAGGAGGUGGAUCGGAAUCGCUCAAACAGUCGGACACACUCUGUGUGUUUCAGGACAAGAAGUACCGAGCAGGAGAGAGGUGGCACCCAUUCCUGGAGCCCUAUGGAUUUGUGUAUUGUAUUAACUGUGUCUGCAGCGAGAGUGGCAAUGUGGUGUGCAAUCGAGUGAAGUGCCCGAUGAGCCAGUGUGCCAGUCCUGUACCCGUCUCCCAGCAGUGCUGCCCUCGAUGCCCAGAAGAGCCCCCCUCUCCCUUGAUCUCGAAGGUCAGCGGAAAGGCCUGCAACUAUAACGGAGUCGUCUACCAGCACGGGGAGAUGUUUGCGGCUGAAGGGCUGUUUCUCAACCGGCUGGCCAAUCAGUGUGCCCAGUGCAGCUGCUCGGAAGGGAAUGUGUACUGCGGACUCCGGACCUGUCCCAAGCUGACCUGCUCUUUCCCAGUGUCUGUCCCUGACUCCUGCUGCCAGGUGUGCAAAGGAGAUGGGGAUUCUUCGUGGGAUCAGGGUGAUGGGGAACCCUUCCGACAGCCCUCCAACAGAGAAGCUAGGCACUCCUAUCACCGCACACAGCCAGAGACCCUGUCUGCCUCUGGGAGGCCUCUGUUCAGUCUGCCCCGCCUGGCGAGCUCCAGGACUCACCGCGGCCUGCUGUCUGACCACCAGCAGGCGUCCGGGACCAUCGUACAGAUCGUCAUCAACAGCAAGCACAAGCAUGGGCGAGUGUGUGUGUCGAAUGGAAAGACGUACUCGCACGGAGAAUCCUGGCACCCAAACCUACGCCCCUUUGGAGUUAUGGAGUGUGUGCUGUGCACCUGCAACCUCACCAAACAGGAGUGCAAGAAAAUCCACUGUCCCGACAGGUACCCCUGCAAAUACCCACAGAAGAUAGAUGGAAAGUGCUGCAAGGUUUGUCCAGCUGCAGACAUGGCGCUGCAGAGAGACGACAGUAAGGAGUAUUUCUGUGGUGAAGAGACUCUGCCUGUGUAUGAGUCAGUGUUUGCUGGGGAGGAGGAGACCAUCAGAAGAAUUGCACUGGAAACAGAGACCCCCCCUGAGGCUGAGCUGCACAUAUGGACUAUAGGAAAAGGUGUUUUGCGAAACUUCCGAAUUGAGAAAAUGUCAAGGAAAGACUUUCACCUACUGAGGGACUUCAAACCACUGACAAAGACCACGCACAGUCGCUGGGAGAUUUUCCGUGAAGGAGAGACCCAGGUCAGCCAGCUGUGUUCCAGCAGGUCCUGCAGGACGGAGCUGGAGGAUCUGGUGAAGGUUCUGUACCUGGACAAGCCAAUGAAAGGGCACUGCUGAGGAGGGGCUCUGCCCGAGCCAGAGGGAAGAGGACUCGUUCCACUGCACACUCCCACUCUGGGACUGCAGCGCAGUGCGUUCUGGGUUUUAAAUGGUCCAAAACCAAACUGUCCUUCAGAACCCCUUUAUUAGGAGUCUCGUUAUUAAUAAAGAGAAUGUACAAGAAUGUACUGGAUAACAGAAUUGAGCUACACAUGGCAUGGUGUUAGUAAUACCCAGCAGGGAGUUAUCACUUGCUAUGGACUUGAAGUUCAAGAGUGGCUUUUAUAGUAAAAUAUGAGAAGUAGGUUUUGUUUUUGAUCUGUUUUAUUUUGUAGUAUUUCACUUUUGUUAUCCUGGUCUUAUGGUUCUUAAUUCCAGAUUUGCGACUAUGAUUGGUUUUAACAGGCCUUUGACAUAUAAUUAGUGCGCUGCUUUUUUUAAUUAAUUUUUUUUUGAGGGGAACACAAAAUACUAUAAUGCAGCAUAAACCUUUUACAGUACCAUGUCUAAUCUGAGUCGACUCUCUUUCCCCAUUGAAACAUCAUUGAGACCUGUUCAUUGUGCGAGAGAUGAAAACAGUAUUGGAGUUGUAAUACUGAACUUACAAACAUUUUUAAAUUGUAGGAAUAUUUUCAAUCCAACUUGCUUUUCUAUUGUUUACCUGGAUCAUCUGCCUGUUCUCACGUUAGAGGGUGAAACCUGACAGUUAACAGGUUUCACAAUGCGCUCCUCAAAAAAACCCCACAGAAAACAAAAACCCUGCAUAUAGUAAACAAUAUCUCACUAUACCGUUGAGUACAGGUUUUUAUCAGUAGUGUCGCUUGGACUAAGACUUAGUGGAAUAACAUAUUUUAUAGAUGUUUCCAUUUUUCUUUCCAACCUCUGUAAGUAAGUUAUGAUUAGAACAUCGUCUGAACUUCUUCAGAAACUCUUCAUAAAACUGCUUACAACCUCACACAUGGAGCAUCAAAAAGCAAUACAUGAGUGUGACAUUCCCACCACUCUCGUCCAAGGUCUUCUUGUGAAAUACUGAUAAACCUGGAAGCGUUCUGUAUGGAAUAAAGGAGAACUUCAGCAGAGUGCCUGUGGGAAGUCUAAUCAAGACAUGCAUGCCGUGUGGUUGCGCAAAGUGAUACAGGUUGGGGCAGAUAGUAUUGCCCAUGUAACCUUUGCUUGCUCAUGCAUCUUGAAUAGAUAUCCACCCCCUCUUCCAAUACAUGCAAAUGAUUUUAAUGAGCAGGCGGUCUCUCCAUGUUAUGCAGAUGGGUUAUCUGUUCUUCAUUAUAGAACAAGUAAUCCAUUUCAAAUCUGUGCAGGUGUCUCCCUUUUUUAGUUAUGUUGAUGCUGUUUUGGCAUCUGUGUGGUUUGGUACUGUGCCAUAACAAAGCACUUGUAAACAGGAAUACAAUCCUCUUAUGUAUGAAAGGGCCCUGUGGUUAUUAACAACAUGGUAAACCCUUACCUAUACAUCCGUCUCAUUCGCUGUAGGUCUGUACUCUUAGAAAGAUGUACUGCAAGCAGAGAGAGCAAUAGAGGCCACGAAUAACCGUAAUACGUUUCUGCAUCAAAAGGACAUAUAACAGUAUUGAAAAGGCAAUGUCCAAAGGAAUUAAAUAGCAAAACUCUUAAGAACAGUCUCGUGUUUUGUGUUGGAAUCAAGUCUUUUAUUUUCACAUGUGCUCUAUGGGGUCCCUCUCAGUCCAAUCAGAUGAAAGAUAAUUAUGAUUGCAAUCCAACUGCCUUUUGAAAGCUAAGCGCAGAAUCGAACCAGCAUGGUAUCCAGUAUUCUCUUGGGUCAGACAGACGUAUUUUGGUCUUUAGACAGGAACUGAAGGCAUUUUGGCUAUGUAUUUAUUUGUAUUAUAGAUAACGUUGGCAGCAUACAAUUGUUAUAGUUUUGCUUUGUAUUCAUUUGUAAUCACAGAAAUAUAAGGAUAUGGUUAAGUGGAUGUAUGUAAAGGUAUUUUUUACUUUGUUUCUUACUGAAUCAAUAUACUGUACUAUGCUUUCAAGGAUUCUUGUUCAUAGUAAUGUAUCGGUAUUGGCGCUUAUGUUGUGCUUUUUAAACUAAUAAAGUACAAUAGAUAUGUUGUAACAUUUCACUUUU